AUGUCAUUUAAGAUGAAUAGCGGUUCUAACUUCUAUCCAAGAUCUGGUACAACUAGUGGUCAGAGACCAUUUCGUUAUAACUCCAAUAUAAACGGUACUGGUUCACCUGUAAAUGCUGUUGGUAAUAGAGGUUCUCAACUUUACAUGGGAGACUUAGAUCCCAGUUGGGAUGAGAAUACUAUUAGACAAAUUUGGGGCAGUUUGGGAGAGUCUAAUGUUGUGAUCAGAUUGAUGUUACACAAUAACGUUAGUGGUAGUGGUACCAUGGGACCAAGAAACAAUUUAGGUUACUGCUUCCUGGAGUUUCCCUCAACGGUCCAUGCGUCUAAUGCAUUACUCAAGAAUGGGAUGCAAAUCCCCAAUUUUGUUCAUAAGAGAUUAAAAUUGAAUUGGGCUUCUUCAUCACACUCGAGCGCAGGCGCCUUCAAUGAGUACUCGGUAUUUGUUGGUGAUUUGGCACCUAACGUAACAGAAUCUCAGUUGUUUGAAUUGUUUAUAAGUCGGUUCAAUUCGACUUCGCAUGUUAAAAUUGUUUACGAUCAAUUGACGGGUGUCUCUAAAGGUUAUGCAUUUGUUAAAUUUACCAAUCCUGCUCAUCAACAGCGUGCUCUUUUAGAGAUGCAAGGUAUUUUCCUGAGCGGUAGAGCCAUUAGAGUCAGUAACGCUGGUCAUCUGCAGAAUUCUGCAGACGGAAAAUCAAAGGCUACAGGUGCUGCUAGUGCUAGUAAUGCUAACGCUGUUGGGGGUAUUAACACUGGCAACAAUUCUGGUCUUAUGAGUGGUUCUCAAUUCAUGUAUCCCGUGCAACCGCAACCUGCGUUGAACAGCUUUACCGAUCCCAACAAUACUACUGUUUUCGUUGGGGGGUUAUCUUCACUGGUUGCUGAGGAUGAAUUACGUGCUUAUUUCCAACCUUUUGGUACUAUUGUCUACGUCAAGAUCCCUGUCGGUAAAGGCUGUGGAUUUGUUCAAUAUGUAGAUCGAAUCUCUGCGGAAACGGCUAUUGCCAAGAUGCAAGGUUUCCCCAUCGGCAAUUCAAGAGUGAGGCUGUCUUGGGGUAGGUCUGCUAAGCAAGCAGCCACCGUUCAACAGGCACUUAUUAACAAUGCUUUACAACAACAGCAGCAGCAGCAGCAGCAACAGCAGCAGCAGCAACAGCAGCAACAACAGCAACAGCAGCAACAACAGCAACAACAACAGCAACAACAACAGCAACAGUUGCAACAGUUGCAUCAGCAUCAGCAGCCUUUGCUGCAACAGCCAACGUAUGGGUAUAUGCCCGCUUCAUCAUCUGCCGCUUCGACACCUAUGUCAUCUCUAUAUGAUGAAAUGAGUUAUUUAGCCGCCGGUAAGUCCAUUUCACCUCUGCCAAAUUAUGCACCAUCAUUGUCAUCUGCCAAGAUGUUAUUACCCGGUUACCAAAAUAUUGAUUAUUUUGGAUUCCCACAAUCUGCAUCCGGUCUUGCAAGCACUUCGAAUCAUGAUUACUUGACUACUAAUCCGAUGCAGUCAAAUUCUGAUUCUAUGCAAAGUCAAACCACUGGAGGUGUGCCAUUUUACAAUGGCCUUAAUCAGCCUCAAGUUGCUUUACAGAAUAAUGAUAGAGGUUUUAUUAACGGUAAGACUGCAAGUUUGGAUAGAUUGGAAAAUGGCAGUAAUGGGUUUGUUUUUGCCUGA